GGGGCCCGGGGCGGAAGGGGCGGGGCCGGCGCCAUGUUCUCGGGGCUGCAGGAACUCGGCAUCGCGAGCGGCGAUGAACUGAAGGAAACUCUGACCAACUGCACCGAACCUCUGAAAGCCAUCGAUCAGUUCCAGAUCGAGAAUGGAAUCUUACUGCCGUCCCUGCAGUCGGCUCUGCCUUUCUUGGACCUGCACAGCAUCCCGCGGCUCGAGUUCCACCAGUCCGUGUUUGACGAACUGCGAGAGAAGCUGCUGGAUAAGGUCGCCACCAUCGCAUCCGAGGGAAAAGAUGGAGAGAGAUACAACAAACUGGAAGAUCUGUUGGGGAAAUGCUUCCCACUGGUGAAAGUGCCGUCAAUACAGCCGGUCGUUAUGUGUGUAAUGAAACACUUACCAAAGGUACCCGAAGAGAAGCUGAAGCUGGUGAUGGCAGACAAGGAUCUGUAUAAAAUCUGUGCCACUGAGGUCAAACGGCAGAUCUGGCAGGACAACCAGGCGCUCUUUGGAGAUGAGGUCUCGCCGCUGCUCAAGCAGUACAUCGUUGAGAAGGAAAACGCCCUGUUCAGCAGUGACCUGUCAGUGCUGCACAACUUCUUCUCGGCCUCCCCCAAAGCCAGGCGCCAGGGAGAGGUUGUGCAGAAGUUAACCAACAUGAUUGGGAAAAACGUCAAGCUCUACGACAUGGUUCUGCAGUUCCUGCGCACUCUGUUCCUGCGCACGAGGAACGUGCAUUACUGCACCCUGCGGGCAGAGCUCCUGAUGUCCCUGCACGACCUCGAUAUCAGCGAAAUCUGUUCAGUCGACCCCUGUCACAAGUUUACCUGGUGCCUGGACGCGUGUAUUCGAGAGAGAUUUGUGGAUGCAAAGCGAGCCCGAGAGCUGCAGGGUUUCUUGGAUGGAGUGAAGAAGGGACAGGAGCAGGUGCUCGGCGACCUCUCGAUGAUACUCUGCGAUCCCUUUGCGAUAAACACUCUGGCCCUGAGCACUGUGAAGAACCUGCAGGAGCUGGUCAGCCAGGAUGCGUUGCCUCGGUUAGCUCAGGAUCUGCGUGUGGUGCUUAAAACUCUUGAUUGUGGAUUUGGACAGGACAGUGCUGACCUCCUCCUCCUGCUGCGAAUGCUCUCACUUGGACAAGGAGCCUGGGAUAUGAUUGACAGCCAGGUGUUCAAGGAGCCCAAACCAGAGAUCGAACUGACUACCAGGUUCCUGCCCAACCUGAUGGCCUUCGUGGUGGAUGAUCACACUUUCAACGUGGACCAAAAGUUGCCGAGCGAGGAGAAGGUCGCCCUCGUGUACCCCACCACCCUGCCCGAGUCCUUCCUCAAGUUCGUCCAGGAGAAUCGGGUGGCCUGUGAAAUCGUGCUUUAUUACGUGCUACACAUCACUAAACAGAGGAACAAAAAUGCCAUCCUCCGUUUGCUCCCUGCUUUGGCUGAGACCCACGGUGACAUGGCAUCCAGCGACAUUUUCUUGCACCUGUUCACCAGCCACCUGACGUUGCUCACGGAAGAGUUCGCUUCAGAGGAGUUCUGCACCACGCUGUUCGGAUUCUUCCUUACAUCGAUUUCCAGUAAAGAGAACGUACACAGACAUGUCCUUCGGCUGCUGCUCCAUCUUCACCUCAAAGUGGUCCAGUCAAAGAUGGUUUUGCUGCUAAAGACACUGGAACCUGGCAAACAGAGCACUGAGGCAGUGAAGGAGCUGUACACCCAACUCACUGAGAAGAUGGAGGUGGUGAAGCAGAGCCCUGUACAAACGGGGGAAACGCCACCUCUGGACCUGCCUGUGAGGACAGUCACUGCACCCACCACCACCACCACCACCACCACCGCCUGAGAGCUGGAGCCCUUGUGCCAACACCUAUUGCCAGGUUCACUGGCCCUUGUUUUGGAGUGGAUCUCUGAGCGCACGGAAGUCACAUCUACAGCUCUUUCCUUGUUAAACCUAUAGAAGUUCAAAGAGUUGAAGUCCUGAUAAAAUCCACAUUUUUAUUGGCAGCAUUUAUUCUAUUUAGCUUCCCCUCCUCUUUUCUCCUUCCCCCCCCCAAAAAAAAAAACAAUUGCACACAACAGUGCCCCACAAAUAGCCAUGAAACAAAUUACCAAUUUUUUUUAUUUGGGGGAUUGUUAGAACUUUUUUAUUUAGGAAGUUUUAUCGGCAAGUUCAGGACUUUUGAUUUUUUUUUAACCCGGUUUUACCAAGGAAACCGUUGCCUUUAGUGUGAUCCAAAGUAGUAAAGAGUGGCGGGGGGGGGGGUUGAAUAUUGUAUUUUGUACUGUAUUACAGUUACUUAAAUGUUUAAAAACUAUGUUUUUGUUUCAAUAAGGCCAACUGGAAAUUUCAGUCUCAGCUCAUUUCUUAUUUAAUGUGCAAUUUAAAAAGGUGGCCAUUUAAAAUGAUGUAUCACUUUUUUUUAAUGAAAAAAAAUAAAAGUUUGAAAUAUGUA